UGAAAAUGGGGGAAAAAGCUCAUUAUGAAAUAAAUGUUUUUUUCUAGUUCACGUUGGCCACAAUUAUUGGCACCCAAUUAUUGCAACGUCCUUUUCCCAAGAUAACAGCUCUGAGUCUUCACCUAUAAUGCCUGAUGAGUUUGGAGAACACCUGACAAGAGAUCAGAGACCAUUCCUUCAUGCAGAAUCUCUCCAGAUCCUUCUGAUUCCAGCUCCAUGUUGGUGCUUCUUCUCUUCAGUUCACUCCACUCAUUUUCUUUAGGGUUCAGGUCAGGGAACUGGGAUGGCCAUGGCAGAAGCUUCAUUUUGUGCUCACUGACACAUUUUUCUGUUGAUUUUGAUGUUUGUUUUGGAUCAUUGUCCUGAUGGAAGAUCCAUCCAUGGACCCAUUAUAAGAUUUCUAGCAGAAUACCAUGAUACCAUGUAUCUGAACAAGAUGUCCAGGACCUCCAGAAAAAAAAAAAAAAAUAGGCCCACAGCAUUAAAGAUCCAGCAGUAUAUUUAACAGUGGGCAUGGGGUACUUUUUAUCCAUGUGUGCACCAAACCCAUCUGGUGGGUUUGCUGCCAAAAAGCUAUUUUUUUAGUUUCAUCUGAUCAUAGAAGCCGGUCCCUUUUGAAGUUCCAGUCGUGUCUGACAACUGAAUAUGCUGGAGUUUGUUUUUGGAUGAGCGAGGAGGAUUUUUCUUGAAACCCUCCCAAACAACUUGUGGGGAUGUAGGUGCUGUUUGCCAAUUUUUUUUUAGGCUUUCUGACUCAACUAAUUUCUGUAAUUCUCCAGCUGUGAUCCUUGGAGAGUCUUUGGCCACUCAAACUUUCCUCUUCACCACGCAUUAGGAUGAUUUAGACUCACAUCCUCUUCCAGGCAGAUUUGUAACAUCUUUAGUUUAUUGGAACUUCGUAAUUAUUGCCCUUAUGGUGGAAAUGGGGAUUUUCAAUGCAUUGGCUUUUUUCUUAUAGCCAUUUUCUAUUUUGUGAAGCUCAACAAUCUUUUGCUGUACAUCAGAACUAUAUUCUUUGGUUUUUCUCAUUUUCAUGAAUGAUUAAGGGAAUUUGGCCUUUGUGUUUCCUCAUGUUUAUACUCCUGUGAAACAGGAAGUCAUGGCUGGACAAUUUCAUGCUCCUAGUCACCCUGGUGUGCUAAAAAAUGUAAAUAUGAAUGGGAAUAUACUUCAGAAAUAUUUUACUCAUAAGAAUUUCUAGGGGUGCCAAUAAUUGUGGCCAACAUAUAUUGGAGAAAAAACAUUUAUUUCAUAAUGUGAGUUUCCCCCCACUUUCAAUUGUUUUACUUCGAUGAAAGGUUAGAUUUUUGUGAAAAGUAUAAACAAUGCAGAUUUAUUUUUGCAGGCUUCUUUGAUCAUAUUUACCAAGGGUGCCAAUGAUUGUGGAGAGCACUGUACGUCAUGGUGGCCUCAGCACCUGUAGGUAAGGACAGACGAGGCAAGAGAAAAGGAGAGGGAAGGAUGAGGAGAGAAGAGAGGGGAAAAAAAUCUUGGUCCGGUUCCCAAAACGCACUGCCAUCCGGUCCUUCACCAGCUAGAUGAACUCCUCUGUGAUGCCUGGUGGUGGUGCUGGAUACCCCUCGUUGGAAGGCCCUCUAACUCCUCCGAUGCCUGGUGGAUGGCAAUGACUACUCUAGCUUUGAGCAGCCGGCAGCAAAUCCCCCGUUCCCUGCUCCUCCCCAUCAUGGCGGACUGCAGCAGGCUCCAGCCUCAGGCCAAUGGCGGUGACUCCUCCACUCACUCUAGGAUGGCAUCUGCCCCUCCACAAUCCAGGCGGACGGCAGCGAGUUAAUCUGUCCCCCCCAGCAGGUCACUCCAACCCACCCCGCAGGAGCUCCGUUUCUCAAUCUAACCUUUCAAUCACUGCCGCAGCAGUGACAUCCCCUCCGCUCCCGCAGGAGCUCCGUUUUUCCGUCUAACCUUUCCUUCACUGCCGCAGCAGUGACAACCCCUCCGCUCCCGCAGGAGCUCAGUUUUUCCAUACAACCUUUCCUUCACUGCCGCAGCAGUGACAACCCCUCCGCUCCCGCAGGAGCUCAGUUUUUCCGUCUAACCUUUCCUUCACUGCCUCAGCAGUGAUAUCCCCUCCGCUCCUGCAGGAGCUCCGUUUUUCUGUCUAACCUUUCCUUCACUGCCACAGCAGUGGCAUCUCCUCCGCUCUUGCAGGAGUUCUGUUUCUCCGUCUAACCUUUCCUUCACUGUUACAGCAGUGAUAUCCCCUCCGCUCCCGCAGGAGCUCCGUUUCUCCAUUUAACUUUUCCAUCACUGCUGCAGCGGUGACAUCCCCUCCGUUCCUGCAGGAGCUUGCCCCCAUGCAUGACCGUCCCCAUCCAACUACCGGUGGGGCUUACCUGUCCGAUGUGAGUACCGAACUCCCGUCCGAUGUUGCGAGAGUCCUCCCAGUCCAGCGUCCAACAACCUCCCUGAGAACACCGCACCAUCAGCCUUGCACUCUGCAAUUUCUUGGGGGGGUUGUCAGUAACGUUUCCUGGCUGCUAUCCCUCAUUUGUUUUGCACCUUUUUGGGGGAGUACUCUGGGUUCAGGCCAAAUUCUGAGUUCUGAGCCCUCCCCUCGGACAGCAUGCCAAAUACGCAUACUCUUUUACUCUAUCCAAUUAUUUGUAAGUGUGAAUUUAUGAAUAAUAAUAAAAUAUCACUUCUCUCAUCACUAGAAGAACAUUUUGGCAUGUUAAAUAUGAACUUGUUUAAAUAAUAAAUCUUAGAUAUAUUAAAAUCUUAGAUCUAUUAAUGCCUUUAUGUCUAAAGGUUGAAUAAACAUGUUUUCAUAUCAUUCAUUAAACAAUUCACUUAUUCGCUUGAUCUCCAUUUCCAUAGAGAUUAAUCUGUUUGGCUUCCCUGGCAACAAGGUGGCACCUAAACUCCUGAAACGCGGUUGUUCACUCAAGCCAAAAUAACACCGCUUACAACAAAACCUUCCACCUCCUGACUUCGAAAUAAGUAAACUGUGAAGGAAGGAUAAUUGUGAUUUAGAUAAUUUAGCAAUGUCUGAGGGAAAACUAAACCCUUCCUUCAGAUCAGAUAUUACCCAGUACACAGCAACAGUUGAGAGCAGUGUCAAAACCACAUCUCUACAUCUACAGACAAGUGACUGUGGUGCCUCUUGUAAUAUCUUGUUUGGUGAUGGAUCCAAAACCAUUAAACUAGAGGAUGGAUUAAAUAAAGUAGAAAUUGAGGUUGUUUCUGAAGAUGGCACAACAAAGAUGUAUAGUAUUGCGGUGACCAAACUCUCGGCCAGCGCAGCACAGCUGAGUGAUCUGACCGUACAGGGAGGACAUUCACUUCAGCCUGAUUUCUCUCCAACAACCUACGACUACUCAUGUCCUGUACAUUUUGACUGUUGUGAGGUGAGAAUGAAUCCUCAGACACCAGACAAGAGCAUGCAGACUGCUGUCAGUGACGCUUCUUGCUCUGAAUCCAUCAUGUUAAAUGCAGGAGAAACAGUAGUUAUUAUAAAGGUGACAUCAGCAGAUGGCGCCAACUCUCAAGUGUAUACUGUAAACAUUACUAGAGAGCAAGUUCCUCUAGCUGUGACUUUCUGUGAUGUGAGAGACCAGAUUGAGUUUGAGUGUCCCGUGUCUUUAAGUGCCCUCUACAAACCUGUGUCAAUACAUCAGAGUGAACCAAAGACAGCAUUUUCAGCCCCAUAUAUUGACAUGCUGACACGGAGGUCAAAAGUAGAUCCAUUUACUGAGCGUCCCUUGGGAGAGCGGUGGAAAGUUCGGGAGUCAGAGCUUGAGCAGAGAAUGUCAAACGCUCCCGUCAAAUGUUUCUUCUCACAUCGUGGAUGCAGAAACCAGAUGAGAUAUGUAGAGAUCGGAGCACAUGCAAAAGAGUGUCGUCACAAACCAUCAUCAGAUCUAGAUUCUGUGGAAGUUACACAAACAAACUGGUACAGAAAAUAUUUUGCAUCCUCAAACAACCUGGAAAUAACGACUAAUCACACACUUGAGAUUAGAAACUGGGAGAAAAGACUGCAGACAGCAUUUGGAGAACGUGAUGUAGAUAAUCUGAUUGCUCAUGCUGAGGAACACUUAAAACUCUACAAGAAAUGGCUUCCUAAUCCAGGUGACAUGAUGCGCUGUGAUCCAGGACAGUCUCCACUGGAUCAUCUGGAGCAGGCUGCCAUCCACUAUGCCACUGCUGUUAAGAUUAAACCCCACAAUGCUAAACUGCAUUUUCUUCUUGGGCUGACACUAGAGGAGCACUACUUCGCAACAGAGAUGUAUGGCCUGAGAAAGAAGGCUGAGGACGAUGACCAGGAUCUCGGCCAGGCCAAGUCUGCCGGAAGGCAGGAAGAGAUCUUGGCCAUCUGCAGGCUUCAUGGCUUUCCAGGAACACUGACAACGGAGAACCAGCUAAAAGCACUUGACAUGGAGUUACAAGAUCUCAAACAGCAGGGCCAGUCAGCAAAGGCUGAUUGUGUCCAGACACUUUUCCUCUGGCUAUCAAAAAAAGCUGGAAAGGAUGGCAGCAGUGUUGUGUCUGAUGAGAAGUGUUGGCUCUCUCGAGCCCUGCUGAAGUAUCUGGACGCCUGGUCACUGAAUGCAGACAGCUGGGAAUAUAACCUACACGUGGGGCAUUUGCUGCUACUACAGGGGAGAAGCAAGGAGGCAUUGCAACACCUUCAGACUGCGCUGGGCCUUCAACCCUGUCAUCCAACAAUCAGGUUUUAUACUGGCUUGGCUCAGCUGCAGCAGAAAGAGGAAACCAUGUCCAAUGAGCAGGUUGUGUUGUUCCUACAACAAGGCCUAGAAUACGUCAUGGGUCAAUUCUUUGUCCCACAUGAUCACAAAGAACAAGAGCAGUGGGACACCGGAUGUCAUUUGUCUGUAGUGAACGCUCAGUUUCUACGCGGUUGUCUCAGUUUGGCAGCUUUGCUUUCUAAGUACUCUUCCUCUGACCAGGCCAUGAGUCCAGAGCAAGUCUAUCACAUCAUCUCUGGGCUUGCGGCGCAGGGCAUCAGCAGGUGUGUGAAUGCAGGUGAGGUGGUGCAGCAGCUGGAGUGGGUGUUGCUGGAUGCUCAUUUUCCUCUCCUACAAGCCCUUAUUCAGCAGGACAGAGAAGGCAAACAGCCCUGGAUAGUGAAGAGAUGCCAGGCUCUCACUGCUUUGAUACGGCUCUCAUCUAUCGCCCCCUGUAGGGAGCUUCUGGACAUGCAGGAGAAGGUCUGUCAGAUGGGAGUAGUGGCAGUGCCCCGCUGCAGUCGUGCUCUGUCUCUGCUGGGUUCGGCACAACUGGCUCAGAGUGACAGUGAUGCAGCUGGUGAAAGAGGUCAGGCAGCACUUGCAAAUGCCUGCCUCAGUUUUCAGGCCAGCAUUGAGUUAGAAGGUUCCCAUCAGACCGGAGAACCACCUGAGCAGCUAACCAAGCAGACAUGGUGGAAGGAUCAUGUGGCUGCGGAAAGAGACAAAACAGUCAAGCAUGAAGUUACUGAGCCCAAACCAACGGUCGAGUCAUCUGAGGCUACGGUAGAUGGGAAGAAGACUGGCAGAGUAGCUCUAGCCCGAGGGGUCCCUACAUCCACAGUGAAGACCCCUGCUCCUACACGAGUCAACAAGACAGCCACAGGAGCCAAACAGACUCCACAAGCUGUUAGUUUCGGUUUGGAUCCAGCCUCUUAAGAAGACCUCAGAUGACUAAAACUUUGGAAGAGACGGCGCCAACUCCUGCGAUGACUUCAGAAGAUGCAACAUCUGGAUCAACACGCACAUUCGCAAAUUUCUAUAUAUCCUAAUUAUUGUUAAUACGUAAUUCAUUUUUCCAGGAGCUCUUUGCUUCUACCUUCAAUUAAAUUGCUAACAGUUAAUCGCCUAAAUUAUUACAUUAUUAGCUAACUGCAGUCUCCAAAUUGUAAUGUUGACAUGCAUUCUCUGUAAAGCUGCUUUGAAACGAUAUGUAUCGUGAAAAGCGCUAUACAAAUAAAUGUGAAUUGAAUUGAAAAUUUAAUUAUUACGCCAUUAGAUGGCAGCAAAGACUGUCUUUAUGAGUGUGUCAGUCAGUAGCGAAGACUUUUACAUUGAAAAGGCUGAAUUGUUUUGAAAACAGAACAAGACGCAACUGACAAAUGGUUUGACUAGUGCUGUCAGUCACGGGAAAACCCCUCAACUGUUAAAAGGACAAGAUAAAACAUCGGACAUUUAAACAGAUGUUUUAUUAUGAACAUAGGACUGACCUGAAGGAAAAUGCUAAAUCUGAAUGCAGGUAAUAAACUCGCUCACUCAAUCUCUUUCUCACAACACUCUUCUACAUAAUACAGUAAGCUUCUUUGAACAAUAUCAAUUCAGAACAUACACUUUACGUUGCUAAGAGUGGUUGCUAAGGGUGUUGUGUAGUGAUACACAGAACCGUUGGGAGAAGCGGUCAUAGCCGUGUUUUAUCGUGAAUAAAAGCUAUUGACCAAUCAGAAUCAAGGACAGAAACUAACCGUUUAAUAAAUCAUAAUAAAUUAGGUAUCAUUUGAAAGAUUAAACACUCAAAAUCCAUCCUGUGAAAGUUGGACACUGCCUUAAAGGUGCGGUAAGUAGAUUUUGAAGAACACUGUUGUUGAUAUUUGAAAUCAACCCAAACAAACCCAGCCCUCUCUUCAUUGCUCCGCCUCCAAAACUCACACUCCAAUAAUAACCACCCUGCUCCGUGUCAGUCUCGAACCCCGGCCCAAUCGAGCUCUUUUGUAUUGUGUCCCAUCUCUCGUUCUGCAGUUUCUCUUAUUUUCAAAUCUCCCUCUUGCUCGUUCUCUCUCCUCAACCGUCAUACGCCACCUAAUGCUGUUUCGUUAGACAUUUGUUGUUGGUGUCAAACCCGACUAACUUCCGAACAGGGGUGCGUUUCCCUAAAGCAUCGUUAGCCAACUAACAUCGCAAGUUCCGUCAUAGUUCAACGAUUUGGCGUUUCCCGAAACCAUCGUUCAAACGAACAUUCGCAAACUGCAUCGCAAACUUGUGUGGUUGGAACGACAGCUCUCGAGCUGUGGUUAGAAGCAUAGUUUCUUGUUUUUAUGACAUGUGGACUUAAUAAAUCAUUAUCUUGAGCAAAAUAAGCAAGCUGACAUUAAGUACAAUGUAUAUCUUUUAUUUCGAAUAUAUACAAAUGUUAUUUAUAUAUUUUAGUUUGUCAAGAGAUUUAAAGCACCGUUUUUGAAGAGUGCGCAUGUGCGUACGUGCACUAGAACGUAAGAACAAGCAUUUGAUUUAAUCUGGAAAUAAAGCAAAAUAACUGAGGAAAAUGAGAAUUAGUCCUCUAAUGCCAUGUCCGUAAUUUAUAGCAAAAAAUCUAGCAUUAAUUCAAUCUCAAACGGAUUCAUUUAAAGAAGUUUUUACUCCACCACCUGCGUGACGUCAUUCACCAACGUGGUUGAACGUCAGGUUUGCGACAAUACGGUUUCAGGAAACAGUCGUGACUAGCUAGUUGAUUUGUUCAACGAUGCAUCAUACUAUUGUAGUGAAGCAGUUAUGUCGUUGUUUGGGAAAUGCACCCCAGUGUAGUUGAAAAAAUACAUACCCCACCUUUAAAUCACCUUUUGAAAGUUACUUGAUGCUUCAAAUAAAGAUUUUAUCAAUUAAACUGUUGCACCAGUAGGUGGCGACAAGUGACUGUUAAAAAAGUAUUUGUCAUUGAAUCAUUCAUUUAAGAGAUUAGUUCAAAAACGCUGAUUCAUCCAGUAAUGAAACGAUUGAAGCAUUUAUGAGUGAGUCAUUGAAUCAAACCAAUGUUUUUUUAAUAAUUCAGAUUAAUUAAACAUUUUUAAAUAGACUGCAGCAGUUUUUUUUUUUCAGAACCUAUCGUAAAUUGCGUUAUUUUGUUUAGUUGUCUGUUCAGAAUCGAGGGAGAAUCGUGAUCUCUAUUUAAUUAAAAAAAAAAAAAAAAAAUCGUGAUUCUCAAUUUAUCCAGAAUCGUGCAGCUCUAUGAUAUCAUAACAGAAAUCUAUUCAUUUGUGACAGGAGAACUUUUAUAACUUUUUAACACUCAUUAUUUUGCAAUAAACUACAUCUUUAAAAAAAAUUAUCCUUAGCUAUUUUAAAAAUAAUAUUUAUCAAUUCGCGGAGACUGAAUGACAGUUUAAACAAACCGCGUUCUGCGUCGCUGUUGCCAUGACAACCAGGCGAUUGGAGUUUUCUAGAAAGCCUGCCAUUGCUAAUGAACGUGUAUCAUAGUUUGGUCAAGCUAAACAGA